AUGAUUUGGAGAUGUUCCAAAGUAUCUAAUUCUUGGAUAAGUAAAUAUUUAUUAAAGCAGAAGCAAUUUCCACCACAAAUUGCAGUUGCUGUUCAAAAAACUUACAACAAUGGUAAAAAAUUUCUUAGGAAACAUGUUUAUUGCAGUGGUUUUAGAGUAAAAAAUCAAAAAACUUCAUUCUAUUUUGAUAUCUGCAGAAUGGAUCUGUUAAGUCAAAAAAACACCAUUACUAUUAGACAAUCCGGAGAUAUCAGAAAAGAAGCAUUAAAAGAUAUUAGGCCAUACAUAAGAUUUACUGGAAACAGGCAAAAUGUUCCUUCAGCGAGUGCUUUUAGAACUAUAAAGUCUGAAUCUAAUCCAUUAAAAGACCAUAAUUUGCUUGAAAAAAUGCAUGUCACAAUUAUGGAAGUAAAUCAAGCAGAGAAAGAUGAUUAUGUUAAAAAAAAUGGAAUGGAUUCAUUAAACAAAAGAAAAUUAUUAGGAUAUAUUCAGGAUCCAGUCCAGACAGAACCAUUGUCAAUAGUGUUUUAUAAUAAAGCAUCUCUUAAAUACUAUCAUCUUUAUGCUUCAAGAAACCCUGGUAUUUUCAUUGAUUAUACAGGACAGCUCAUCAAGCCUGUACCUCCAUAUUUAUGUGCCAAAUAUCAAGACAAUCAAAAUGAUUAUAAAAAAAUACUAAAUGCACUUAUAACAAUGCCAUCAGGAAGUGGACCCAAUGCACCACCAAUAGAUAUUUUAGAAUUAGUUGCCAAUGAUCUUACUGCAAGCAAUUUGUGA